UCCACAUGUCCGCUUGCAUCACCCUAACCUAUAAUUUUUAAAAGAAAAAGCCGAUUUUGUUUUAAACAAUCUGGUUCAUUUUUAAAAGAGAAAAUUCUUUUUUGAAAAAAUAAGAGGAAAUAGUUUAUAAAACAUGUCUUUGAAACUUGUUGCGAAGUCCAGUGAACCACCUUUAGGUGCAUUGAUAGUUAGUGAGAUUGUUUCUUUGGAAAAGAAUAUUAAAAUUCCUGUAAUUUGGACGGAUGAUUGGAAAGAAUCUGGAAAUGUACAAUUAUUUGAUAAGGAAGGACGUUUAGUUGGCGAAACUGAUAAUGAUGUGGCUCGUUUUUUAGCGAGGACCGUAGAUUUUAAUUUAUAUGGAAAUGAUGAUCCCUUGGAUAGAACAGAAGUAGAUCAUUGGCUUUCAUUUGCAAUUGGACCACUUCGUGGGGCUCAAUCAUUAACCGAGUCUCUCGAUUAUUUGGAUCGUAUAUUAAUGCCCAGAACAUGGUUGGCUGCAAAACGAUUGACAAUUGCUGAUAUUUGUGUUUUCUCUGCACUCUCAACUGAAGGGGAAUUAGUUUCUGAUGGAAAAUAUCCAAAUAUCACAAGAUGGUAUAAACAAAUUAAUUCUCUUUCUGCAACUAAAUCAGCAAUGGAGAUGGUUUUGAAAAAUAGAAAAACUAUCGACAAAAAAGUCAAUAAACCGCGGGGAAAACAAGUUGAUAAGGAAAAUAAAGGACAACAAAAUUCUAACGCAAGAAAACAGGAAGGCAAAUUUAUUGAACUUCCUGGCGCUGAAAUGGGAAAAGUUGUAGUUCGAUUUCCACCUGAAGCUAGUGGAUAUUUACAUAUUGGACACGCAAAAGCAGCACUUUUAAAUCAAUAUUACGCUGAUGCAUUUAAGGGACAAUUAAUAAUGAGAUUUGACGAUACAAAUCCAGCAAAAGAAAAUGUUGAAUUUGAAAAAGCAAUACUUGAAGAUUUAAAAAUGCUUCAAAUAAAACCAGAUCGUUUUACACAUUCAUCGGAUUAUUUUGAUCUUAUGUUGAAAUAUUGUGAUCAAUUGUUGAAAGAAAAUAAGGCAUUCGUUGAUGAUACUCCAGCUCAAGAAAUGAAGGAUCAACGAGAACAAAAAUUACCAUCGGUUAAUAGAGAUAAUUCGGUUGAGAAGAAUUUGAAAUUGUGGGAAGAAAUGAAAAAAGGUACAACUAGAGGAUUUGAAUGUUGUGUAAGAGCAAAAAUUGAUUAUCAAUCUCCAAAUGGUUGUCUAAGGGAUCCAACAAUCUACAGAUGUAAAUUGGAAUCACAUCCACGUACCGGCACUAAAUACAAGGUUUAUCCAACUUAUGAUUUUGCUUGUCCAAUUGUUGAUGCUGUUGAAAAUGUCACACAUACAUUACGCACAACUGAAUAUCACGAUCGUGAUGAUCAAUUUUAUUGGUUUAUCGAGGCUUUGGGUUUAAAUCGUCCUCAUAUUUGGUCAUACUCACGGCUAAAUAUGACAAAUACAGUUCUUUCAAAAAGAAAAUUAACUUGGUUUGUCGCUGAGGGUUUAGUGGAUGGCUGGGACGAUCCACGAUUUCCAACAGUUCGUGGCGUUCUUCGACGUGGAAUGACAGUCGAUGGAUUGAAACAAUUUAUCAUUGCACAAGGAAGUUCGAAAUCAGUUGUAUUUAUGGAGUGGGACAAAAUAUGGUCCUUCAAUAAAAAAGUUCUCGAUCCUUUAGUAGUGAGAUACACUGCUUUGAAUGCUAAUGAACUUGUUAAAGUGACGGUGAAUGAUGCUAAAAAUGAUUGGAUAACUGUUCAAAAUCAUCCAAAGGAUCCGUCAAUUGGUACUAAACAAGUUCGUGUCAGUCCAAAUGUUCUUAUUGAAAAAAUUGACGCCGAAACAUUGGUGGAAGGACAAAAUGCGACAUUUAUCAAUUGGGGUAAUUUAUUAAUAAAAAAAGUGAAAAAAGAAAAUGGAACCAUUGUGAGCGUUGAAGCAGCACUCAAUUUGGAUAAUAAAGAUUUUAAAAAUACAGUGAAACUCACUUGGAUUGCGGAAGAUUCUAUUAAAAAUAGAGAUCAAUCCGAUUCAAGUUUGGUGCCAUGUUACGCUGUUUAUUUCGAUCAUAUCAUCAGUAAACCAGUUCUAGGAAAAGAUGAAGAUUUUAAAAAUUAUAUUGCCAAGGAUACCAGGAAAGAAGUUGAGAUGAUGGGAGAAACGGAAAUGAAGAGGAUAAAGAAAGGGGAGAUUAUUCAAAUUCAAAGAAAAGGAUUUUUCCGCUGUGAUGUUCCAUAUUCGCCAAUUAAUGCUCAUUCAUCUCGAGAGCAACCUUUAAUUUUAUUCCACGUUCCCGAUGGACAUUCGUCAUCUCCGAUUAAUCAAGCUCCAAGUAAUUCAACUGCAAAAAAUACUCAACCUGCCAAGCCAAAGAAUGACGAUCUGGUUGCCAAGCAAAAUGAAAAGAUCGUCAAUCAAGGAAAUAAAGUACGCGAUUUGAAAUUGGCGAAAGCCGAUAAGACGACAAUUGACGCCGAAGUAAAAAUACUUUUGAGCUUAAAAGAAGAAUAUAAAACACUCACGGGAAUUGUUUGGAAACCUGGUGCGCCCGUUAAAGCACAAGAAUCUUCAGUAUUAAAAAUGCCGAGUUCAAAUAUCAAUGAUUUAUUCGCUCAAAUACAGCAACAAGAGAAUAAAAUCGACGAGGAAGCAAAGAGACUCUCAUUAUUGAAAGAACAAUAUAAAAAAGCAACCGGACAAGAUUGGAAAUCAGGAGCAAUUAAAAACGAAACCAAUUCCGCGCAAUCAAUUUCCAAUGAAAUAGCAAAACAAGGAGACAAAGUGAGAGAAUUAAAAAUCCAAAAGGCGGAUAAGGGAAAAAUUGAUCAAGAAGUGAAAGAGCUUUUGAGACUGAAAACUGAGUACGAAACAGUGACGGGAGAAAAAUGGAAACCAACUGCGAUUCCUGCGGUGAAAAUAGUUGAGAAAAAUUCCUCUGAUUCUAUUUCCAAUGAAAUAGCAAAGCAGGGAGAUAAAGUGCGAGAAUUAAAAUCCCAAAAGGCGGAUAAGGGAAAAAUUGAUCAAGAAGUGAAAGAGCUUUUGAGACUGAAAACUGAAUACGAAACGGUAACGGGAGAAAAAUGGAAACCACCAACAGACACAAAUUCAAAGGUGAAAAUAGUUGAGAAAAAAUCCCCUGAUUCUAUUUCCAAUGAAAUAGCAAAGCAGGGAGAUAAAGUGCGAGAAUUAAAAUCCCAAAAGGCAGACAAGGGAAAAAUUGAUCAAGAAGUAAAAGAGCUUUUGAGACUAAAAACUGAGUACGAAACGGUAACGGGAGAAAAAUGGAAACCGGGUGCGAUUCCUGCUGUGAAAAUAGUUGAGAAAAAUUCCGCCGAUUCUAUUUCUAAUGAAAUAGCAAAUCAGGGAGAUAAAGUGCGAGAAUUAAAAACCCAAAAAGCAGACAAGGGGAAAAUUGAUCAAGAAGUGAAAGAACUUUUGAGACUAAAAGCUGAGUAUGAAACGGUAACGGGAGAAAAAUGGAAACCACCAACAGACACAAAUUCAAAGGUGAAUGAAAUUUCCAAUAAAAUCACACAACAAGGCGACAAUGUAAGACAAUUGAAAGCAAAUAAAGCAGAAAAGAAUCAAAUUGAUCAGGAAGUGAAGAUUCUUAUUGAAUUGAAAAACGAAUACAAAGCCGUGGCUGGUCACGAAUGGAAACCAUUGUCCGCUUCAAUUGAGAAAAAAGAUAAAAAGCAAGAGAAUCCACAAAAAUCAAAAGCCAUGAAAUCGAAUGAAAAGCAACAAAAGAAAUUGGAAAAAGAUGAUAAGGCAAAGGAGGAUAUAACAAAAACGGGAACACGAUUGGGACUUGAGGCAAAGAAAAAUGAAAAUCUUCCCGAUUGGUAUUCACAGGUAAUUACAAAAAGUGAAAUGAUUGAAUAUUACAAUGUUUCUGGUUGUUAUGUUCUUCGUCCAUGGAGUUUUUCAAUUUGGGAGGUAAUUAAAAAUUAUAUUGAUGGUGAAAUUAAAAAAUUGGGCGUUGAAAAUUGUUAUUUUCCAAUAUUUGUAAGUCAAGCGGCAUUAGAGAGAGAAAAAACGCAUAUCGCUGAUUUUGCACCGGAAGUUGCUUGGGUGACAAAAAGUGGAAAUUCAGAACUUGCUGAGCCAAUUGCAAUUCGUCCAACAUCAGAAACUGUUAUGUAUCCUGCUUAUGCAAAAUGGCUCGCAUCUCACAGGGAUUUACCACUUAAACUUAAUCAAUGGAAUAAUGUUGUGAGAUGGGAAUUUAAACAUCCUCAACCAUUUUUGCGUACAAGAGAAUUCCUUUGGCAAGAGGGACACACUGCCUUUGCAACAAAAGCUGAAGCUGAUGAGGAAGUAAUGCAAAUUUUGAAUAUUUACGCAAGUGUCUAUGAGGAUUUAUUGGCAAUUCCAGUAGUGAGAGGUCGUAAAACUGAAAAGGAAAAAUUCGCUGGCGGUGAUUAUACAACGACAGUUGAGGCUUUUAUUUCCGCUAGCGGAAGGGCUAUUCAAGGUGCAACAAGUCAUCAUCUUGGACAAAACUUUUCUAAAAUGUUUGAUAUUCAAGUCGAGGGUGCUGAGGAAGGUGGGGAAAAAACUUUUGUAUACCAAAACUCAUGGGGCUUAACUACUCGUACAAUUGGAGUCAUGGUUAUGGUUCACGCUGAUGACAAGGGACUCGUUUUACCUCCACGUGUUGCUUGUAUUCAAGCCGUUAUUGUACCAUGUGGAAUAACAGCAUCGACCUCGCAAGAACAACGAAAGAAUCUUCUUGCUGAAUGUGAAAAAUUGGAGCAGGAAUUAAAAAAGACUGGCAACUUGAGAAUAAAAGGCGACUACAAAGACAAUGUCAGUCCAGGAUGGAAAUUUAAUCAUUGGGAAUUGAAAGGUGUUCCAUUAAGAAUUGAAUUGGGUCCCAAGGAUUUAGAAAAGAAACAAGUUACUCUUGUUAGAAGGGACACUGCCGAAAGAUUUACUAAAUCCAGAACUGAUAUUUCAUUGGCUGUUAGUAAUUUACUUGAGGAAAUACAUGUUGGUCUCUUUAACAAAGCAAAGGAAGAAUUGACGACUCAUGUAAAGCAGUCGCAUGAAUGGACCGAUUUUUGCACUAAUCUUGAUAAGAAGAAUUUAAUUCUUGCACCUUUCUGUGGAGAUAUUUCCUGUGAAGAUAAUAUAAAAACAGACAGUGUCAGAGAGGACACAAGUGAUGAACCUGGUGCACCUUCCAUGGGAGCAAAGAGUCUUUGUAUUCCCUUCGAUCAACCUAAAAAUGACAUAAACAAAAUGAAAUGCAUUCACAAAAGUUGUCAAAACAAACCUAAAUAUUAUACUCUCUUUGGACGCAGUUAUUAAUGAAAUUUUUAUUUAUAUAUAAAUUUUUAAAUUAUUAUUUUGUGCGAUAGUAGAAGUUCGUUUGACACCUACUUUAAUAUUUUAUUUGUAAAAAAAAAGUCAAAUUAAAGACUUAAUAAUAUUUAA